GAAUCGAGGGAACACGUGUUAUUUUGGUUAUUUUUAUUUACCAUACUAAAUGCAGUUGUCAUCAGAGCACAGUAGCAUUGUCGCAUUAUGUAUUGCUAACUUGUUUUUAAUUCAAAAAGUUCAAAAAAGUAUAAAUUUUGCAAUGUUUGAAGAACCCCAAAGUUCGGACGAAGAAAGUCCCGUCCAAGACGGCGAUUGCUGUGACCUGAAGGAGCUGAGGCGCGUGUUCGUUUCUGAGCUCAAAGCUAGUUCCGAGAUUGCUGCCUCACUAAAGCGGACUUGUGGUCUGCACCUGUCGCUAUCAAAUGAUGCACGAAAGCUAUCCGUCGGACUUUCGCAGAAAACAGUUCAGCUCUACCAAAUUGGGACCGAUGGCAGUCUGGUGCUAGAUCAAGCCGAUUUUGCUACAUAUAAAAGUUCAAUACGAGGUGUAAAGUUUUUCCACAGCGAUCCAAAUUCCUUAAUGAUUUGUACGGAAAAAGGAGAAGUGAUAUUCUACGACUUGAGAUCAAACAAAACCAUUUACACAUUUGAAGACAGCUCAGAGGGAAUCCAGAAAACUCUUACCGCGUUUGACAUCAAUCAGAAUGAUCGCGUUCUGUGUGCCUCAACGGAUGUGCAGAAGAAUGGUGAUAGUUUUCUUCUGUUUUUCGAUAUCCGUGAGCGGAAGUACCUUGGUUCGUAUUGGGAAUGCCACAGCGAAGACAUUACGAACGUGCGAUUCCACCCUACUAAUCCUGAUCUGCUAGCCAGUGGCAGUGUCGAUGGUCUGAUAAAUGUUUUUGAUAUAUCGCAUCCGAACGAAGACGAUGCGAUGAAAUAUUGUUUCAAUGUUGAAGAUUCGAUCGAAAGGUUAAAUUGGCACAAAAAUUCAAACAAUAAGGACUCGGUUUCCUGUAUAACGACCACUAACAAUUUCCAUCUGUAUGACGUAGAGGAUCAAGAACUGGAAGUUGAAUUCGACAGAAUCAAAAUAACAGAAUUCAUCAAGAGAAAAUCGUCAAUCGACUGCAAUGUGGUAAAUAUUCACAAUUCAGGAUCCAGUUUCAUUUUAUUAGCGGGAUCGAACUACAACAGAGGUGAAUGCCUGCGUUCGCUCAAAUACGACAAUAAGAGCUUCCAACCCCACCAAAACUUUCUUAAUAAUCGUCAAAUUAUACGGGACAGCAUCUACAACGAGAAGGAGAAUUUUCUGAUUACCACUGGAGAGGGUGGACUCAUCACUAUGUGGCGUUGUGGAGAUGUCGAGACGGAUCAACAUGUGGCGGAAUAUGAUAGCAAUGUGAAAAGAAAAACAAAACUUAAACUUAAGACGGGCCAUCGCGCAAAUCCCUAUUGAAAUAUUUGUGUUUUGGGAUCAAUCAUCUGCACAGUUCAUGCAAUCUCAAACUCUAAAAAAAUCAAUAAAAUGUCUUAUUGAGGGAAAAUAUGCUAGUGUAUGAUGGUAUUAUCAACCGAAGGAAG